AUGACUUUUGAUUCAAGAAUCUACACCAUCAAGAAUAUUAUGGAUACUUUAAGAAAUCCUAAUGUUAGGAUGGUUGGGAUUUAUGGCAUGGCUGGCAUCGGAAAAACCAUGCUUGCUAAAGAGGUUGCUAGACAAGCCAUGGAAGAGAAGUUAUUCGAUAAGGUGGUUAAGGUCACUAUAUCCCAAACUCCAGAUGUUAAAAAUAUUCAAAGAGAAAUCGCAGAGCAUCUAGGCCUAAAGCUUGAUGAGGAAAGCAUAUCUGUUAGAGCAGAACGAUUGUCUCGUCGACUGGGGCAAGAAAAGAAGAUCCUUGUAGUUCUAGAUGAUGUCUGGAAGAAAUUGGAGCUGCAUGAAGUGGGAAUUGCUUUUGGGAAUGACAAGAACGGAUGCAAGAUACUGCUCACCUCAAGGUUUGAAGAUGUGGUGCAGAGUGAAAUGGGAGCUGACAAGAUAUUCUUGCUUGGAGUUUUAUAUGAUAAUGAAGCAAAAGAUUUGUUCGGAAAAAUUGUGGGGGAUUCAAUGAUGAACAACCCCGAGUUCCAACCUUUGGCAAGCGAUAUUAUCAAAGAAUGCGAAGGCUUACCAAUUGCUAUAGAAACGGUUGCAAAUGCAUUGAAGAACAGAAAAUCUCCUUUAUGGGAAAAUGCCUUGCAAGAGCUAAGAAGGUCUGUUCCAACUAACAUCAAAGGCAUGCACGAAAAAGUCUAUUCGAGUAUAAAGCUGAGUUAUAACUAUUUAGAAAGUGAUGAAGCAAAGUUGAUGCUGCUAUUUAUUGGUUUAUAUCCAGAAGAUUAUUACAUAGCCUUUAUCACCUUCUUCAUAUGUGGCAUUGGAUUGGAAUUAUUUCAAGGAAUCAAAGGAUUAGAAGAGGCUGAUAACAAGGUGGUUACACUGGUUGAGAGUCUAAAGACUUGUUGUUUUCUGUCGGAUGGUCCUCUCCCUCGUACGGUCACAAUGCAUGAUGUAAUUCAAGAUGUUGUCAUCUCAAUUGGGUCCCAGGAAAAGCAAAUGUUUUGCUUUAGAAAUUAUGAUCCAGAGGUGGAAGACAGUAAAAAACUCAAAGAUGCAACUGCAAUUUCACUGCUGUAUAGCACUGAUGAUUCUCGACUUCCUGAAAGGUUAAAAUGUCCGCAACUCAAGUUUCUUUUAGUGCUGUGCUAUGAUCUAUCUCUAUGGAGUGAUCGUUAUUCCCAAAUGUCAAACCAUUUUUUUGAAGAAAUAAGGAUCUUAGAGUUCUAG